UUAUAUUUCAUUAUAAAACGCAAUUCAGUUUCGAAACAACUGUGAACGUGAGUGGAUUUUCACAACGAAAUACAAAAGCCGCUGAACUUUUCGAAAGCUUUGAAGAAGAAUUUAUAUUCGUUUAAAACCAACAAAGCAAGCAUUUUAAGUGAUGGCUAAUAAAUUGCAGAAAUUGUUAUUGAGUGUUUUGUUAUUGCAACAGUUCACCCGCACGCCCGCCUUCCUCAUACCACGCGAUCCCGACUGCAAAAACAGUGAUAACGAAACGAUCGAACCCAGCGAGAAAUGUUCAUGGAUGUUACACUUUCAACGCAAUCUGGGCAAAUAUCGCAAUUUCUAUGCGAAUCUGUUGCAAGAGGAGAAUGAAAAAUUUGCUACCGAACUACAGGAGCUAUACAAUAUUGUUAGCUCAGCGCUGGUGGAGAACGAUUACAAUGAGAUGCAGCGACAGCUAUUCUACUCGGUAUGGCUUGUGGAGCGCACUAAAGAUUUGGAGGACUAUUUGAUUAUGAAGGGAUUGAAGAAUAUUUAGGCAAAAGCAACAAUAUAGUAGUUUAUUUUUAAAAGCGGAAUGUUCUACAUAUUGGAAUUAAAGUGAUUUUUUGUAUGCUCGAGUAGUCAAAAAAAUUUAUGAACAUUGAAAAUACUCUCAUAAAAGCAUUUAUAUAUAUAUAUAUAUAUAUAUAUAUAUGCAUACAUAUGUAUGCACUUCUUCAUACAUAUUAUAAAGCAGUUUAUAUUUAUUUUAAACUAAUUUAUUAUAAUUUACUUUUAAUUAAAAUAGUAUUAUGGGUGUUAUGAAAAUGUUCUUAACUAAUAAUAUGUAGAAUUUUAAGUGAAUGUAAAAAAAAAUUCACAUCGAAUAUUACACAAUUUGAUUUGUUUGAAUAAACGUAGUAAUUGAGAGAAACGAAAAACAGUGGCAUUUCAAAGAACUUAUAUGACUUAUAUGUAUGUACAUAUGUAUGUAUGCAUAUGUAUACUUAUAUAAAAAACAAAGAUUAAUACUUUCUCAUGCUCCAUGAACUAAUACUUGUACAUGCGGGCUGUACAUAUGACUAAUUUUUCACAGUAAUUUCCUAUUUGCAUAUCACAAAGGCCUUAAGAGCCUAUAUUCCAGUCCUUCAGAAUCUGUUGACCCGUGACUAGCAUGUAGAAAGAGUUGGACUUUGUUGUGCGGUGUUAAAAACAAAUAUUUUGUUUUAUUUUUUGCCAUAUAUUUGCUUGAGUUUUUUGUUGAAUUGUAAAUAAUUACUAUUGACAUUUUCUAUGUACCUAUGUAUGUAUGUAUGUAUUUAAAUGGAAUUCAUUGGAAAAUUUUUGCAUUUUAUUUACUUACAUAUGCAUAUAAAUCUGUUGUCAAAGUGCAAGUAAAGAAGUGCAAAUAAUACAAUUUAAUAUAACUUUUUUACUACAAAUACUUACAUUUUUCUUCUGCAACUUUUUUAUUUUACUUUAUUUUAUUGUGAUAUUUACGUCUAAACAAAUUAAGAAACUGAAAACAAAGUUCUAUAUUAAAACGCUGAGGGCUACAGCGUCAAAUCCCUUCAACACA